AUGAAUUCGCAAUCUGUAAUGCUACACGCAGUUCCUGUUUGGGAAGAAGCAAUGAUGGUAAAAAGCUAUAGAAGAUUGCUUGAAACUGUCCAGCGUAAGAGUGCAAUUAGGAUAUGUAGUGCAUACAGGACAAUCUCAAGAGAUGCUGUAAAAGUAAUAGCAGGAAUGCCACCUAUAGAACUACUUGCCACAGAAAGAAAAGAGACAGACUGUGGCAAAGAUGACAAACUUCAGAGAAGUGCCAGAGUAUGGACUAGAAGACUCAUCCCAGAAAUCAAAGCAUGGAUUAAUAGAAACCACGAUGAAGUAACUUUACAUUUGACACAGGCGCUUUCUGGACAAGGAUGUUUCAGUAAAUAUCUCCACUUCAUCGCGAAGAAGGAGGACGAUAAGUGCUGGUAUUGCGAGGAUAAUGACAACCCGGAGCAUACGUUAUUCAGUUGCUGCAAGGAAGCUGGUAACUGA